AUGGCCACCGCGACCACCCUCCAGCCCUCGGAUCCCUUCCUCCAGAUCUUCCAUCGCGAGAGGCAGUCCAUCUGGCAGCAGCACCCACACCUGUCCGACGGCGACCGCGAGCUUCUCUGGCACCAGCGCAAGGCUGAACUGGCCUCCUUCCUCGCUACCGACUCGACCCAGCAUGUGCAGUCCGCACACACGCCCAGGUCCCUGUCCAGCGUCCCCACUGAUCUCGGCCUUUCCAUGGCCAUGAACCGCUCCGAGAGCACGUCGAUACACUCCGCUCCCGCCGGCGUGUCCAUGUCUCCCUCGUACUCCGGCGCCUCACCCGUCGACUUCUCCAGCCACCUGCUCUCGAACGGCUUCUCCCAUCAGCGCCCCGAGCUUUUCUCGAGUAAUACCGACCCCACCGGCGCUGCCUACACCCUGACCACCAAGGCCGGCCUCGCCAGGAGUACGUCCGUGCACCAGCCUAUGCCUCCCCUCGACGAGGUCAACGUCUACGAGGACCCCUCCGAGUACAUCGCCACCUUCAACGGCCACGCCCACAGCCUCCCGGCCAGGUUCGACAGCUUCCCCUCGACUUACCCCAUGCAGCGCGCCUACAGCAACGUCAGCUCCAUGUCCCCCGGCACUUCCGUUGGUGAACUGACCGCAGGCUCCACCGUGGCCAGUGACAGCAUGAGUCGGCAAAGCUCGUCCAGCGCGACCUUUGCCCACCAGUUCGACAUGAUGCGAGUCCAGUCGCAGUUUUCCAACACUUCCGAUUCUGUUUUUCCUACUCAUGAUUUCUUCGUUGCUUCACCAUCUGCUUCAAAGUCUCAGGGCUUGCCGGCAGAUGGUGACUUUUCCUAUAUGUCUUCUGCUUCCGGCGCUGAUAUUUCAUCAGCGCAUUUUCCUAUUUCGUCUUCUCCUUUUGUUCCUUCUCCUGCUGUUGCCAGCAACUCUGCUGCACGUUCAAAUUCCCACUUCUCUCCCGUCGCCAACAUGGCGCGUUCGGGUUCGAUGGAGAGCAACGACUCUGCAGGCUCUCCCUCUCGUCCGAAACGCCGCCACAUCGAGCAGCUCGCUUCGGGAGCGAGACCCAUCGCUCCCAAGGCCUCUGAGGGUGGCAUUGCCAUGAACUCUGCUCAGAUGGAGCGCGCUCCAUCUGCAGCCACCUCGGCCUCUCUCGUUCGUGUGCCCACGUCUGAUGGCACCGGCACCAAGUCGGUCGCCGCCAUCAGCAAGGCUCCCUACAUUCGCCCUGUGCACCCCAAGAUCAUGUGCCAGAAGUGCAACGAACACCCUGAGGGCUUCCGUGGUGAGCACGAGCUUCGCCGUCAUACUGAGCGCGUGCACGCAGCCAUCCGCAAGGUGUGGGUCACCGUCGAUGCCUCCCCCAACAAGCAAUUCCUCGCCCACUGCAAGGCUUGCCGCAACGGCAAGAAGUACGGCGCGUACUACAACGCCGCAGCGCACUUGAGACGCGCUCACUUCAACCCUCGCAAGCGUGGUCGCAAGGCCAAGGGUGACGAGCGCAGGGGCGGCAAGGGCGGUGGCGAUCACCCUCCCAUGGACGUCCUCAAGCAGUACUGGAUGAAGGAGGUCGAGGAGUUUGUUCCCGAGAACGCGAGCAGCAGCAACGACCUGAAUGCCGAUGCCGAGUGCGAGGACGAGGAGCCGGUGAACCACGCCAGUCAGUUUGGCAUCAGCAGUGACGGUAUCCCCACGGCAGUCAUGGAGGGCAGCAACUGCCCUUCCGGCACUGUCCCGUCCAAUGCACCUGCCUCGAACCCCAUGUCUCCCUCUGGGCUGACUGGCAACCUGUCCAACCCCGCCAUCGGCUCCUUCGACACCCAAGCUCUCGCGUUCGAGCCCAGCACCUCGUUCAACACUGCGUCUCAAAUGCAGACGACCGACUUCUCGAUUUUGGACCAGUACGCGCCGGCCAUGGCCGGCACGACGCUCUCGCCGACGCAGUUCCAGCUCGACCUGGGCGACCCGUCGACGAUGACGCAGCACCAACAGCAGAUGCCACCGCAGCAGCAGCAGAUGAUGCCGCAGACUUAUGAUGUCAACGCCAUACCUGCUACUACUGCCGGUGACUUCAGCGGGUACUUCGUCGCUUAA